AUGAAAGAUCUUGUUACAUUACUUACUGAUGAUUUAUUAGGUACCGGUCUUGCUUGUGUAAAGAGAUUUGUACAUCAGUUACAUGUACAUGUUAUCAUAUGUGAUUUACCUUCAGCAUGUUCAUCAUAUAUUCCUUGUUUAUCAUUAAUUCUACCAACUCAUCUUACUCAAAAAGAUUUCGGUUGCAUAGAUGUAUUUGUUAACUGUGCUAGUAUUACCCUUUCUCAACAAAUUUUUGAACAUUCAUUUGAAAAUUUUAAUCGUAUAAUUGAUGUUAAUACUAAUGGAACAUAUAAUAUGAUUCAGCAUAUGAUUCCAUUAAUGGUAAAUAAUGAAAUAAUUAUAAAUAUGUCAUAUGUAGCUGCAUUUGAAGGACGACGCGGACAAACAGUUUACGCAACAUCAAAAGAAGCUAUUGUGAAAAUGGCUCGACCAUUAGCAGAAGAAUUAGCAUCAAUGAAUAUUUGUGUAUGUGAUAUUGUUCCUGAUGUUUUUGAUACAUCGCUAUUACGUGAAUUACAUGUAAAAGUUUCUAAUAUACCAGGAGAUUUUUCACUCUUUUCUGCUCGACUUGGCGAUUCAGAUGAAUUCGCACAAGUUGCUCAAACAAUUGUAGAAAAUCCUUUGUUGAAUGAUAUAAAUAUUCGAGUUGAUGCUCUUCUUCGUAUGCCAUCUAAGUAA